GAUUAAAGGGGGAACUUGCGCACAGAGGUCCGUGCAUCCUGUGCCCAAAAUAACGCCAAGACUGUUUAAUAUGGAGAAAAUCACACUUAAAUGUGGCAGUAAGUCUGUACUAGAGGGUUGUGUUUUCUGUAACGACAAUGACUAUUCACGGUGGAGAACUAAGGAACAAGAAGUUAAUAAAAAUGCCAAUAUAGUGAGCAAUAGGGUACACUGGCACGAAUAGGGUAAGCACUUUAAUUGUGAUUAUUUACGUUUUAUAGAAGGAAAAAACAUACAUUAGCACACAAUUGGGAUUAAUUGGCAUGCAAAUAGUAGUGAUAGAAUUUUGAAACCCAGAGAACAAAGUAAAAAAAUAUGCAGUUUGCAAUGUUUGCCUAUUCAGACAUUGGCACACACAGACUGCAAAAUCCUUGUGGGUUUUUGAAUAAGUUUUGGAUAGAUUUAAAUUUUCCCAUUCAUGUUUGCAUUUAAUCUUACCCAUACACAACUCAUAUGUUACAACUAUGCGUUUGGUGUUGAUCAGACCGGCGUAAUUCAUUAAGCUGUGCAAAUUCCACUCAAGCAUAUUUUUAGUAGGCCUAUUGCAAUGUAUAUGAGCUCUGAAUUUAAAAGUAAUGUAAUCAGUGCUUUUGUCGCUGCAAGUAAGCUAUGACCUAUGGGCUAUAAGGGCUUGACGGAAUUCCAAGAUGGUGCGUUAUCACAGCAUGUUCUCAGUGUUUCCUGAGGAUGUAAAGAAGGUACAGUUUAUUAGCUUGCAAAAUGUCACUUGUAAAAGUUAACAGUCGACCCAUUGGUAAUAAUAAGAGGCCGUGUCACUAUCUUACGUGACCAGAGCUCACAAAGGGUCAUUUACACAUGGAAAGCAUCAGGUCGGAUUGUAGCACAGACUCUGAAUUGGGUGUUCACCCACCGAUUUAAAAAUAAAAUAUUAAAAAUACUGUUAGGUAAAGUGGUGGAAAUGCAUGGAAAAUAUAGCUGGUUAACAGUCAUCAAUUCAUAGAGAGAAUCCAUGGCAUUUGACCGGAACGUCAUCAAUGAGGGUUAGUCGGCUUGUUACAUCUCUCCUGUUAGUCUUUAAGAUGCUGUUCCUACAAAUCAGGAUAUUUGCUCGAUAUAUGAUACAUCACAACACGUAAAAUCUUCUGAACAUGUUAACGGUCAUCCAGUGUGGAUCCACAAAAUUCGACAGUCACAGCGACAGUCUCCCUCAUCUGGAUAAAAAAGGAAUGACAGUCCUGCUCAAAAUUCUGGAUACACCACGUGAAGGCAUGAGGAUUUGAUCCGAGCACCAACACGCUAAGGAAUGAUGAAAAAGAAAGCCGAUCGUAAAAUGGGGUUGAAGGUGGACUGCAGCAGACUCAGAGGCUGUAUCAUAUAGAAAUAUAACUUCCAUGGCUAUCUUUGGACAGCCUGCUUAUUUGGACCAUGAGGACACUGAUAUCAUAUUGCAAAUGUAGCUGCUCACAUCCUGAAGGAUUGCAGAAGGGGAGUGAAGGGCAGAUUGUCCAAACUCUUCGUUGUUUAAUGGGAGCAGAAAAGAUGUUAAUUGCCACCAAGGCCAAGGCUGGUGUGAUUUAUCAUGUGAAAUGGCAAUGUGAUGUGACAUGAUGGUGACUCCAGGAGGUCUGACUUGAAGGUCUGUCAUAUGAUUGGUUUCACGAUUGGCUGGCAGAGUCCAGCAUUCGGGCAAGAGAGAAUGCAAUCUUCAGAAAUGCGGAUUGCCAAAGUGGUGCAGCAACUUUCCGGCAUUAACUGCAUCCGCCGUCCCAGAACAUGUCGUUGACCAACACAAAGACGGGUUUUUCGGUGAAGGACAUUUUGGACCUCCCUGACACAAACGAUGAGGAAGGAUCUAUCACUGGCACUGAGGAGGAUACGGAGGGCUCGGAGUCGACUAAAACACCUGGAGUGCUAGUGCAAAGCCCGAUAGAGAAUGUCCAAAACCUGCCUUUAAAGAACCCUUUUUACGAUAAUACUGACAAUCCAUACACCAGGUGGCUUGCAACUACCGACACCAUUCAAUACUCGUUGCACGGUCUGUCUGCAACCUCUCAGGACUCGUCCGCUAAAUCUCCCGAGCCGUCGGCAGAUGAGUCACCCGACAACGACAAGGAAACUUCGAGCAGCGGCAGCGACUCCGGUAAGAAGCGCAAGCGGCGAGUGCUGUUCUCCAAAGCGCAGACGUACGAGCUGGAACGUCGAUUCCGACAGCAGCGCUACCUCUCAGCCCCCGAGCGGGAGCACCUGGCCAGCCUGAUCCGUCUCACGCCCACUCAAGUGAAGAUCUGGUUUCAGAACCAUCGAUACAAGAUGAAGCGAGCCCGUGCGGAGAAAGGUAUGGAAGUGAGCCACCUUCCUUCCCCGCGGCGUGUGGCCGUGCCUGUGUUAGUCAGGGACGGCAAACCAUGCCACGCGCUUAAAACUCAGGACUUGGCGUCCACGUUUCAGGCGGGCAUCCCGUUCUCUGCCUACAGCGCUCAGUCUCUGCAACACAUGCAGUAUAAUGCGCAUUACAGCGCCGCCGCCACGCCGCACUUCCCCACGGCGCACUUGGUGCAAACGCAACAAUGGACCUGGUGAAGCCGUAGUGACUUUUUUUUUGCUAGGGCUGCGUUUCAAAGACCUCGUUAGAGAGUUUUUUUUAUUUUCCAACGAAAAUAAAGAAAAGACUGGUUUUCGCAGCUCGACCCAUUCUCGCCGUUUCAUUUUCGGGGCUGAUGUGUGCGCCGUGUUUACAUUUGUUUUCGUUCAGAAAACCGGGUCCAGCCCUUUCUCCCAGAUCCGAGAAUGUUGAAGCUCUUGUGAAAUUUUGUAAAAUAUUAUUGUGUGUUGUAGAAAUGUUUUCCUUUUGUCCCUCGUGUUAUAAGCACGUACAAGACCACUUUAUAAUUAUAGAAAAUUUUAUUUCUAGCUUUUACGAUGGACCGAAUAUAUUUAUGGCCAUGAAUAAAACAUUGGCAACUUUUAGCUUAUUUUUAUUUGGUUUCUUUUCUUUGUAAAUAUCUGUGGUAAGUGUAUGCAAUGCAGAUAUAUUUGGGCGCUCACUUAGUUAUGAAGACAUAGAUUAUAUUCCCUGGAAGAUAGGGAAAAUGGAACAACAGUUAUCGAUAAAUAUCUCUAUAAAAUGUUGACAGCCGUUGCAAAGAGCGUUGAUGAAAAAUAGGCUACCCCAUUUUUUAUAAGACUUUUAAUAAAAUCCUGUGUUUCAGAAAAAAAUUCGCUUUGGAUUACGUUUGGUUUUUGACGGAAGCACGGACUGGAUACAUUGAUAUUAUUUUAGUUUUAUCGUGAUUUUUGUAGAGUGACUGCUUCACGAACCAAAAGAAAAAAAGAUCGUACUUGGCUUUUUAUGGAAUGUUUUCAUGAUUUUAUAGAAAGGCUACUUUCCAGCAAAGACGCAUGGGUAUGUAUAAAUUUGUUCCGCUCUGCUUUCAGAAAGGGCAUUAAUUGCCUCCAUUUUCUGAAUUUAUAUGUAUGGUCACUUCAGCAAAAAAAGAAGGCUAAAGUCACUUGUGACAUGGGGUAAAAAUCCACUUACUUAAUAUAAGAGGGCUUCAGCCGUUAAGCAGCUUUUCAUCCGCUAGCUCUCUUCUGUUCUGUGCGGUACUCCAAAACUCGAGCGCUAAAAAUAGCACUUUUACAAGAAAAAUAUAUCAUGCUUGAGUUACUUUCUUCUGUUAUUCUGCUUUCGCUUUUAAAGCUUUAUACUGAGGCAAUGAAAUCGCUUUAGGUACUUUAGUGUGCAUUGUGCUAAUUACGUACUAAGUACUACUGCAUGUUUGAUAUGCACUGAUAUGCCCAAUAUUAAAUUCAUAUGAGUACAUAAGA